AUGGGCGGAAAGAAAAAGAAAUCAGCGGCGGCAGCUGCUCCAGUGGCUUCCCCUGCAGCAGCAACAACAUCCAGGACAGCUCCAGCGACAGAAGAACAGAAAGGCAAGACAUCCAGCAGAGCCAGCAAACAAGCCCAGGACAACAAGUCAAAAGGUUUACAGUGUUAUCUGAAUGCAAACUAUAAAGGGUCAAACAAACAACUGUCCAUACUGCUCCAGGUUAUGAUCUUAUCUUCAGAGGCCAACUCUCCAAAAAACUAUAGUCUUGCCAAUGUAGCCCAAGUGGACACGGAUACCUCUGACAAGUCUAUUCUUAAAGUUACCAUCCAAGGAGACCUUGAGAAGAAAAUCAUUAGACUGAUAAAUGACUUUCGGCAGGAGUGUGCAGACAAAGGACCCAUAUCAGGCAGGCUUACAAGCAAGAAAUUAUUGGAUCUUUACAUAGCCCUGGAAAAAUUCAAUUUUAAGAGGGAACAUAUUGAGGAGUCAAUGAAGAGCAGUGUACUCUAUGGAGGGGAUCUCCACUCUGCACUUGAUUGGCUUUGCCUCAACCUGAAAGAUGAUGAGUUGCCAGGAGGCUUUUGCCAGCAAAUGCAGGAAGAGAGUCAAAAGAACAGGCCUAAAUUUCAGCUUCCAGUUCAACAGAAACCUUCAACAAUUAGUGUUAAAGCACCUCAGAACACAGCUAAAGAAGCCAACGCUGAUGACGAAGCAGCCACUGUGAAAAACUGGAUUCUGAGGUAUGCAGAACAAAGCUCUGAUGAUGAUGAUGAUAAUGAGGAGGAGGAAGAGGGUGACAAAAGCUUAUGUAAUCCUGAGCUGGAUGAAAAAUUUGAUCCUAAUGAUCGGUAUUUGAUCCUAACGGCUCAGCUAUAUGACACCAAAGAAAUGGCUGUAGCUGCUAAGACUAAAGGAGACAAGUUGGGACAAAGGACUGCACAAGAUAGAAUUCGUGUCAUACAACAAGAAAUGAAGCAGCUUGAAGGCCACCCCAUAUUUAACCCUGCUAUCAAAGUCAGAGAUACACCCCAAAAAGAAAGCAAAGCUCAUUCGUCCAGUGAAGACAAAGAAGAUUUAGGAUUUAAAUUGUUUGAAAAGGCAGAAAAAGAGCCCCCUACAGAAAAAGUCAAAAAGAAUGAGCCAAAAGAUAUACGCAAUUUUGACUACACGGCUCGAAGCUGGACAGGAAAAUCUCCUAAGCAAUUUCUUAUUGAUUGGGUCAGAAAGAAUCUCCCCAAGAGCCCACCACCUGCUUUUCACAAGGUUGCUGCUGGACGAUACUGGAAAUGCCGGGUACGAAUUCAAAGGCCGGAUGACGUACUUGAAGUUUGUCCAACUAUUUUGACUGAAGACAGUAUGCAGGCACAGCAUCUAGCAGCAACACUUGCACUGUACAACUUAGUGAAAGGGCAGUCAGUGCAUCAGCUACUACCUCCAACCUACAGAGAUGUCUGGCUAGAGUGGAGAGACAGUGAACGACAGCAGCAGGAGGAGAGUCAAAUCGCCGCCAACAAACCCAGAGACCAGUUUAUAUCACGACUCCUCGCCAAACUCAAACAGCAGCAAAACCAAGGAGCUGCAUCACAGGUUCCACUGGCAACGGACAGGGAGGAAGACCAAGAGCCUGAGGAGUCAUGGGAAAACUUGGCCGCCUUGGAUUUAGAAGAUACAGGAGGUUGUCAUAAGGGCAAAGGUGGCAAGAAUGAAGGAGGAAGGAAAACCACUGCAUCAUUUGAAGCAUCAAAAGAGCUAUUUUUAAAGAUGAAGAAGUCACCACUGGCACAAAAAUUACAGGCAGAUCGGGAGCAGCUGCCUGUCUUUCAACACCGGCAUCAUAUCCUGGAGGCAUUGCAGCGCUAUCCCAUAGUGGUGGUUGCUGGAGAAACAGGCAGUGGAAAGAGUACACAGAUCCCACAGUUUCUAUUGGAGCAUAUGUUGACUGGGAGUAAAGAGCCACAGCCAUGCAGCAUAGUGGUAACGCAGCCUCGAAGGAUAUCUGCUAUGAGUCUGGCCUGCAGAGUCAGUGAGGAGCUGGGCUGUGAGGAUGGGCCAGGAUCUAAGUCGUCACUUUGUGGAUAUCAGAUCCGAAUGGAGAACAUGUCUGGAGAGUGGACCCGCCUUCUUUACUGCACUACUGGAGUUUUACUGAGAAAACUUCAGCAGGACAGACUGCUUAGCUCAUUGACACACAUUAUAGUGGAUGAGGUUCAUGAGCGCAGUGUUCAAUCAGACUUCCUCUUGACAAUUCUAAAGGAUGUCGUUAUGAGGAGAUCUGAUUUGCAGCUUAUUCUUAUGAGUGCCACGGUUGACUGUCACAAAUUCUCAAGCUAUUUUAACCGUUGCCCCGUCAUCACAAUCCCUGGCAGGACUUUUCCAGUUGAGGUUUUUCACCUAGAAGACAUUGUGGAGGAGACGGGAUACAUUCUUGAAAAGGACUCCGAAUACAGUCAAAAAAUUCUGGAAGAGGAGGAGGAAGUCAGUAUUUCAGUCACUCAAAAAGGGGGAAAGACAUUACAGCACCAGGAAGUGAUUAUGAAGGACUCCCCUGGCUGGGACCUCGGUCCAGACUUGGAUCAUUUCAGCAGCAGAACCAAACAUGUUCUUCAACACAUGAAUCCCAAUAAAAUCAACAUGGACUUGCUGAUUGACCUUAUGGACUAUUUAGGUAAAUCCCCCCAGUUUGCUGAAAUAGAUGGGGCUGUUCUAGUGUUUCUCCCAGGCAUAGCCCACAUACAGCAGCUUUAUGACCUUCUUUUAUCAGACAAGAGAUUUGGAGACAAAAACCGGUACAAGAUUGUGGCCAUUCAUUCCACCCUCUCAUCCAAGGACCAAGCUGCUGCUUUUACAGUGCCUCCUGCUGGUGUUAGAAAGAUUGUGCUGUCAACAAACAUUGCAGAGACAGGUGUAACUAUUCCAGAUGUGGUCUUUGUCAUUGACACUGGAAAAACCAAGGAGAACAAAUAUCACGAGAGCAGUCAAAUGAGUUCUCUAGUUGAAACAUUUGUAUCCAAAGCCAGCGCCCUCCAGAGGCAGGGCAGAGCAGGUCGUGUUCGGAAUGGUUUUUGCUUCAGAGUCUAUCCAAAAUACAGGUUCCAAAGCUUCAUGGAUUAUUCAAUACCAGAAAUACUUCGGGUCCCGCUGGAGGAGCUCUGUCUGCAUAUUAUGAAAUGUCAGUACGGUUCUCCAGAGGACUUCUUGGGGCGAGCUCUGGACCCUCCUCAGCCUCAGUCAGUUAAUAAUGCUGUUAAUUUGCUGAGGAAGAUAGGGGCGUGUCUCCCCAACAGUCAUGUGCUCACUCCCCUGGGACACCACCUUGCUAGUCUGCCUGUGAAUGUCAAGAUUGGGAAAAUGCUUAUCUAUGGAGCAAUUCUUGGCUGCCUAGAGCCAAUUGCCACCAUUGCUGCAGCCAUUACAGAAAAGUCUCCAUUCUCUACACCGAUAAACAGGAAAGAAGAAGCUAACCUGGCAAAGGCUGCACUUUCAUUGGCCAACUCCGACCACUUAACUCUAUACAAUGCUUACCUUGGGUGGAAAAACUCACAAAAGGAGGGGUACAAAGCAGAAAUGUCCUACUGUAGAAAGCACUUCCUCAAUCGCACAGCCCUGAUUACACUAGAGAAUGUGAAGCUUGAGCUAAUGAAGAUGAUGGAGCAAGCUGGUUUUUGGUCAUCUCGUUACUCUUCUCGCUUCAAACUUCAUGCAGGCACUUUGUCUAAAGCCCAGAUUUCUAUCCUCAAUGCGGCUCUUACAGCUGGUCUGUACGACAGUGUGGCCAAGGUUUUGUGCAUGCCAUCGGUGGAUGUGCUGGAGCGUGUAGCUUGCACUGUGGAAACUCCACAAGGAAAGGCCCAAGUCCAUCCAUCAUCUGUCAACCGAAAUCUACAGACACAUGGAUGGCUGCUUUACCAGGAAAAGGUCAAAUACACAAAGAUCUAUCUGAGGGACACAAGUCUGAUAUCUCCCUUCCCAAUGCUGCUGUUUGGAGGUGAUAUAGAUAUUCAGCACAGAGAAAGACUGAUUACACUGGAUGGAUGGAUGCAUUUCCAGGCUCCUGUGCGGAUUGGCGUAAUUUUUAAGCAAUUGAGACGACUACUUGAUGCUGUGCUUGAGAAAAAGAUGGAGAAUCCAAAAUUGAAUUUGGAAGAUGAGACGGCCAUCCAGGUGCUUUUGGAGUUGAUCAAAUCAGAGCAUGCACAGUGAUUUCUGGAAAAUUAUUUGUUCAUACCAGCAAUAAUCUUGAUAUUCAUAACACUUAACAUUUUAAAGGAAUGUAGAAAGACAGCAUAAUGAUGAGUGAACUAUUUAAAAUAAAUUAGUUUUAUCAGGUUUA